AUGUCAUCACAACGUUUUUCCGAAUCACGAACAUAUCAUGAAGAAAAUCGUGGCGGAAAUGAUGGAUAUAGUAUGCCAUAUACUUCACGAGUGAGUGUUCCUAUUCAACAUUCAAUAAGUAAUUUCAAUAGCCCAAUGGACGAACAACGUGUACAAGAACGUCUUCGAAGUCAAGAUACAGCAGUACAAUGGGUUAAUGAUCCUGUAAGUGGAGCUGAAAAAUUUCGAGUUACGAUCAACAUCGAUGGAUUUAACCAAAAUGAAGUUAAUAUGCGUGUUGAUGGUAAUAAACUUAUUGUUUAUGGUGAACAUCUUGAAAGUGGCAAUCAAAGUACAGCAAAAAAGAUUAUCGAAAAAUCUUAUGAAUUGCCUCGUGACAUCGAUACAUACAGCUCACGGGUAACAUUUCCAACAUCAAUAACAAUGCAAAUCGAUUUUCCAUCACGUCAUUCAAAUGUAAUUAUUGAUGAUGGUCGUACAUCUUCAAAAUAUAUAUCUAAUUAUGAUACAUCUUAUCGUACACCACCUCGAUUUGCUCAAGAAAAAAGUUCAACUGAAUAUACAUCAACAAGAAGACUUGGUGGUGGUGGUGGUGGUGGUAGUGGUAAUACUUAUGAACGAAGUUCAAGUCCCCGUUAUUAUUCAACUUAUGAUGAUAUUAAUAAAGGUCGUGAUAAUCUAUAUUCAUCGACAAGUCAUUAUAAUCCAUCAUAUACAUAUCAUGUAACAACUGAUGAUAUUCAACCAAAAACAAUAUAUCCAUCAACAUCAACUGGUAAUAAUGGUACUGUAUAUGAAAAAAAAUUUAGUGAAACACAUCGUGAAAGUCAUCAUAAACGUUUAAGUCCAACAACAGGUGUACAACAAUCACAUGAAGUUGAACAUCAUCGUUCUGGCAGUCCAUCAAUAGCUAAAAGUCUUGAUGAAGAUCGUUUUCGUACAAAUCUUAGUAUUGGUAGUAGUAGUAUAAUACCACCAACAUCAUCACGUAAUGUUGAAGUACGUGAAUAUUCACGACGUGUUGGCAAUAAUUUAAAUGAUAAUAAGACAUAUGAUUAUAAUUAUCGACCAUCAUUAUUUACAUCAGGUUUCAAUACUGAUGCAUUUUAUCGAAGUGCUUUUCAACCACAAGUAUUCACGGAUGAUCGUGGUCAAAAUCGUAUUGAAAUGAAACUUGAUGUACAAAAUUAUGAUCCGAGUGAAAUAAAAGUAUCUGUUAAUGGUAAUGAUCUUAUUGUUCAAGCUGAACAUAGUGUUAAUCGACCACCAACAACAUCAUCACGGGCUUAUUUUUAUAAACAAAUAACAUUACCAUCAAAUACAGAUUUACGUAGUUUAUCAUCACAAUAUCAUGCCGAUGGAAAACUUUAUAUUACAGCUAAUUUAUCUAAUGAACAAGCUUCAAUUAGAUACAACUAA